AUGACUGAGCGCCAGAAUUCUCAAGGACAAUAUGAGAGAAUUCACGUGGAACGGAAACUGUAUGGAUGCCCUCAGGGUGAUGACCACAUCAGUCAGACAUCACGGGGUCAUGGUGAUUCCCAGGAAUGUAAAGAAGAUCCCUGUAGAUACACUGACUGUGGGAAGCACUUGGCAGUGAAGCCAACAGUCCAUAAUGUAGUCCCUGUGGUACCCCAACCUGUCGAAUGUAAUCACUAUGAGGAGAACAGUCUUGUAGAUGGGACCAGUGUGGAAAAGGACUUCAGUCAGAGCUCAGAUCUUACUGUUCAUUAUAAAACUCAUUCAGAGGACAAAGCUUAUGAAUAUCAAAAGUGGGCUGAGGGCUGCAAGCAGAGUGCAGACCCUCCCAGAUACCAGAAGGGCCCCUCGGGAGACAAACCCUAUAAAUGUCCCGAAUGCGGCAAGGUGUUCAGGCGCAACUCCUCUCUUCUCAACCAUCACCGAGUCCACACGGGGGAGAUGCCCUACAGAUGUGAUGUGUGUGGGAAGGGGUUCGGAUUUAGGUCCCUUCUUUGUAUUCAUCAGGGAGUGCACACAGGGGAAAAGCCCUACAAAUGUGAGGAGUGUGGGAAGGGCUUUGAUCAGAGCUCCAAUCUUCUUGUCCACCAGAGGGUCCACACUGGCGAGAAGCCCUACAAAUGCAGUGAGUGUGGCAAAUGCUUCAGUUCAAGCUCUGUUCUUCAAGUCCACCGGAGGCUGCACACGGGGGGGAAGCCUUACCGGUGUGGCGAGUGUGGAAAGGGCUUCAGCCAAAGCACACACCUUCACAUUCACCAGAGAGUCCACACAGGGGAGAAGCCCUACACAUGCAGCGUGUGCAGAAAGGCUUUUGCCUACAGUUUAGUUCUUCACACUCAUCAGAGAGUUCACACAGGAGAAAAGCCUUAUACAUGUGACGUGUGCGGUAAGGGCUUCAGUUACAGCUCAUAUUUUCACUUACAUCAAAGAGAUCAUACCAGAGAGAAACCGUAUAGAUGUGAUGAGUGUGGUAAGGGCUUCAGUCGGAAUUCAGAUCUUCAAGUGCAUCUCAGAGUCCACACAGGAGAGAGGCCCUAUAAGUGUAAGGAAUGUGGUAAGGGCUUCAGUCGUAACUCAUACCUUCUUGCUCACCAGAGACUGCAUACGGAUGAGAUACACUGUGUGUAUCGUGAGGAUGGCCAGGGCUUUCGUUACAGCUUGGACCUUCUUACUCAUCAAAGACUGCACAAGAGGACGGAAACAUUCUCAACGUAGUUAGUCAGGGUUCAAUCAGGAAACCAAGAAAGUCCAUGCACUGAAGGUGAUAGAGGCUCACUCGGCCAUUGGGAGCGCUGGGGCAGCAAAGGGCAAGGACACUGUCACCCAUGAUGUCGUUCUGAGGCACGGAAGCAGGGGUUCACAAGAGCAUUCCAGAGAACUACUCUGGAUCUCAACAAUGUCUGCAAGACUCCCAUCAACUGUCGCACGCUGCAGUGGCAAAGUAAGUGAUAACUGACAGACGGACGGUUUGUGGCAAUGACAAUAAUUAGAGAUCAGAUUUCCACGAGUGGAUAUGCCCAGGAAGGAAAUUACAAUUGAGAUGAGUACACUGCGGCUUUCAGGCCAGCCAAAAUCUGUAGAUUUUUUUAAAGAGUGUACCUGCUAGAAAGAUACUCAAAAUGAGUGCUCAGAAAUGAAACCCAUGUUAUUGUUAUUCGUGUGGUGAGAAUAUUAGUCCAUAUUCUCAGGUUUCCAAACCCAUAAGGUUUUCUACACAGAGAGGGGCUCUCUAGAAGUGAUAUUUUAUGGGCAUGGCUGUGUGUUCACCUUGCUGGCUCCAUUUCUUGGUCACGUAAAGAGACUUCAUUUCCCAGAAACCCUUGCAGUUGAGAGCUCGUCCAUGUGAUACAGUUCCAAGCAACAGAGUACGAGCAAAAGUGAUGUAAGCUACUUCCAGGCCUGACCCUUACAGACAUCUUGUGAUGUCCUCCAGGCAUCUUUCCUAGAAAUGUUUCCUAGAGGCUGUUCCAGGCUGGAUUGGUGGAAGGUGGCUAUCUGAUCUGUG